AUGCCCACCCGCGCAGAAGCAAAAGAACAUAUCAAUUCAUUCUGGACGAGACGUCACAUCGCCAGAGAUGCCAUCGAUAUUGAGAAUGACAUCAAUCUUCGCGACCUUUCCAAUGGACUGAAAAUCCUUUCUGAUGGCCUCUACGGUGAUCUCACUCACUUUUUCUGGGAAUUGCUCCAGAACGCGGAUGACAGCAAAUAUCUUACAGUACCCCGCGUCGACUUCGUCCUGACCAGCCAUUCUCUGACUUACGAGACCAACGAAAUCGGCUUCACCAGGGAUGAUGUGGAGUCGCUGUGUGCAGUGGGCUACAGUUCAAAGGCCGGCCAGAAUGACACGAUUGGGGAAAAGGGCAUUGGCUUCAAGUCAAUUUUCAAAAUUGCAGACGUCGUCACCAUUCACUCAGACUUCCCUAGGACAUCAAUCACCCUGCAGUUCAAGGCCGACCUUGACGUGUCCAAGUUGCGCCAGCACCUAGCCUCAUUUGAUUUCACCUUCCUACUGUUUACCCGAAAUAUCAAAGUGAUCAAUUUGAAGGUCUUAGCUGGACAGCCGUUUGAGAAGCUUGGACGGCUCCAACACUUGGCGCAUAACGGUGAAAGAAUAGAGACAAGGAUCGACGGCCAUCCCGAUGCGACGAUGGACUAUGUCAUAUUUCGACGCAAGUAUCAGGGCAUGCCUCCACGUCAACCUAGCGCUCAGGUUCAACCCGACGGCGAUAAAACGACAAUUGUGCUUGCUUUUCCACACCGCAAUCACAAACCGCUUGCCGAAGGCCAAAAGACCUAUGCAUACCUACCUGUCAAUUCCUUUGGAUUUCAGGUAGGACCAUUACCGCUCUUGCAAAACGAUUCGAUCCUAACAGUGGCGCAGUUUAUUAUUCAUGCUGAUUUUGUCUUGACUGCCAAUCGAAAAGGUAUUGAUAGUGACCGAGGAUGGAAUAUCUCCCUCCAGAGGCGUUUGCCCGAAGCGCUCUGCUCUGCUUUUGAACAGUUGGCAACAUCGGCGGAAUCUCAAAUGAGGUUUGGUUGGCCCGAAUAUCUGGGCUCUCUGGGGUUUAUUCACGAUUCGUUUAUGAGAGAAGUUGCUGACUCCACUAUCAAACAACUGCGAUCCAAGCUACUGGUUCAAACAGAGUUGCAAGACGGUGUUUUCCUGGCGCCUCAGGAUUGUCUGACUGCAUCAGAUGGGUUUCGUGACGCCACUGGCGGACUUCUUAUCACCGAGGGCACGUACGCACAGCGGGUGAGAUCGAAUGCCUACUCUCACAACUCGGCAUCGAUCCUCUCAAGACUGGGUGUCACUCCCUUCGAGAUCUCGCACUUCGUGGAGUUGCUGGCCCAAUAUAUUUCAGCGCAUAUGGCAAGUUUCUCAUCAAAGGCAACAGCAUGGCACUCCCGCGUCGCGAGUCUUCUCUGCAAGCAUUUCUCGAACGGAAAGUAUCAGCUCUAUUCACCCGUAUUCCAGGCCUUCAAAGCUCUGCGGAUCAUCCCGCUGGAUGACGGCUCAUGGGCAUCUGGUGCUUCUUGCGCAACUAAAAAGGUCUUUAUGGAUCAGGGUCGCCGCAUCGCCCUCCCCACUGGCCUCCACUUUUGCUUCGUUCAGGCGUCGGCUGCCGAUGAUCGUGACCGCAGACAACUCUACCGACUGCUAGGUGUCAAAUCAUGUGAUGAGACAGAGAUAUGCAAGAUGAUACUCGACUCCCAUGCAACAAUGGUGGUUUGGCCACCUUUGGAAAUCCUUAUCUCGCAUGCGAUGUACAUCUUCCGCGCUCGCUACCGACCUCAAUAUCCCCAAUCACUCCGCCUGCGCCUCCUUGACUCCAAUCUUACUAUUCGAUACCGGGAGAGAGUCCAUCUUCCUUUUGGGACACAAGGAAAGGCUCUUAGACGGCUUUUUGCAGACGACUUUUCUGGUAUCAUCUGGCUACAUCCAGACUACGAAGAUAGAGUAACGGAAGGCGAGAGACAAAACUGGUUCCAAUUCUUAUGCUCCGUAGAAGGAGUGUACCGGUUGCCUCCUCUUCAUUCAGGUGGACGACUCUCUGAUGCAAUGAGGCAUAUCUUGAUGAGAAACGGAUCAAAGGAAUUUCUCUGGCAUCUGAAGACGCAAUAUCGUUUGGGCUAUGGUAAUAUGUUUGGAGAUUUGCACACCAGGGAAGCUCAAAAACUCACAGUGGAUAUCAGCAACAUUUGGGUAAGCACCGAUCAAGGUGUGCAGAAACUGUGCGAGACGAUAUUGCCGUCUUUGUCGUCUGUCAGCCUAGGUCUUCUCCCUGUUAUACAGCUGGUUGAUCCACAAAACACGGACUGGAGCUUCCUCCGCAAAUUUGGAGUCCAGACUGAGCUCUCGCCGGACUAUUUUGUGAAACAGCUCCGGGCAUUGAAAGAAAACAAUGACCAGGGACGAGUGAUUGCAACGGCUACAACUGUUUACAAAGCCAUUGCAGCAUAUCCGGCCUUGGACGGCUCAAAACUGGCGAGUUUCCAUACCGAAAGUUUGAUAUACGUCGACCCCGGCGUGUGGGUUUUGCCACAUCAGUGUGUCUGGAAGGCCUCAUUUCCCUGCACGAAGGCCCUGUUGAAAGUAAGGGAUGCAGGACUUGACGAUUUAAUCUUGGAGCUUGAAGACAUGGAGUCAGCACGAGACCUUGACCGAACCAGGCUUUUACGCCAGAAUAUGUUGCCUGCUCUGGACUCCUUCCUAGGCAAGGCUUCCCUGUCAAUGACUCAAAGACGACGAUUGCUUCUGCUUCACAUUUUUCCAGUUACUCAAGGUGGAUCUAAUGAUCCUACCCAAGCUGCACAGUUACUCCGAGCCGAAGACACGUUCUGGAUUGCAGACUUGAACUUUCUAAAAUCAAAGUUCGAGGGACUCUUGCCAUUGCUGGAUGUAACUGAAAAACCCUUCAAAUCAUCACUACACAACGUGUUCAAGAAGUUGUCGAUGGACUCCAAGCGUUUGUCUCUGAGCGUCCGGAAAGAAGAGAACCAACCAAACCAAGGUGAUAUAUCCGAAGUAGCGGAUCCUGCGCUUAGCAAUAGGCUCCGAAGGCAGAGUCGAUACAUCAUUGGGCGAUACGUUCUUGAUGCCAGCACAAAGAGAUACGGCCGCGACGAGAAGGGAGAGGUUCUCUUGCUGGACGCAGAUGGAGAACUACAUAUUAAGAUCCGGCGAGAUUCAGAGACCAUGGACAUCAUCAUCCCAUUAUCAGAUCGUUUCGCAGAACGCUUUCACUUGGGGAACGCCAACCGCGAACUUCUUGUGAAAGUCCUCACAACUGAGAAAGUCGAGCAAUUCAUCGAAGGACUCGAAAGAGCAGGUAUCAAGACAGAUCCAACAACCGUCGUUGAAAUUGUGGCUGAAGACGGCUCGGACGAAGAUUCCGAUGAGGGUACACUUGCUGAAGAUCCUAGCGACAACCUCGGAUUGGCUUUCCAAAAAUUGCAGAUCAGCAAAGGGAGGACUGGUAGUGGUUCAGACGAAGAAUCUUCGGGAUCACAGCAACGCAGGCCAUCACAAACACCAAGCUCACGGGGACGUCGAGUACGCAAUGAUGCAGCGGUCUCCUCGCCAUUCUCAUUGAGAAGACGGUCGGGCCAGGCUGCCUCCGGUGGGGCAAGAUCAGAUGCUAUCGCUACAAACGGGGAGACUGCUACAGACGAGAAUAUUGCGCGCUUGACUGCAAGCCUGAUUGACGCAAAGCUGUCUGACACCACUAAUGAGGUCUUCCGCAACUGGGUUACACCUCCUUCGGGAGUAGUGCCCAGCAAGUCUUCAGUGCCCGUCUUCGGCAUGGCUACUGCCUUCGAAUUCACUUUCAAUUCACCUUCUCCCCAGCCUCUUGUGAACAACCCUGAUGCCAGCGGGAGCAGUUCAUCGGGGCCAAGUACGGCAGCAACGUCGCGCCAUGUUGCCGACAACUCGCCAGAGGCCCAAGCGGACUUGGAUGCGCCACAAUCUUCUCCCAACCAUUUACACGGUGCGUUUAAAACCCCAACAAAGGCGUUUCGACAGCCGAAUCAUCCCUGGUCGUCUGGACGACCUCCCAGGAGCAGCCAUGGUGGAAACAGCUUUGUCGCUCAGGAAUCCUCUGAAGCCGUACCACAUGAGAUUGGAUUUGCUGGAGAACACCUGGUAUACAAGUUUCUGGAAGACAAGCUGUCACCAUUUUUUACGCCAGAGAACUGGACAAGUAGAGGUCGAGCGAAAGCCUUUCCAAAUCCAUUCAGCGAUGACUUUCGCGAGAAGGACUUUGCCGAUUUCACCUACGUCGACACCGACGGACGCUUGCGUAUGUAUUUGAGCGAGCACGUCCCGAACUUUGAGAACCCAACCGGUCAGCGGAACAACAUCACCUAUCACUUGGAGGUCAAAUCUACCCUGGGCAGCCUACACAACCCGGCAUUCCUGAGUAAUAACCAGAUGUCCAUGGCGAAGAAGUACUCAGGGCGAUUUUCGACGCCGGCCACCCAGACCGAUGUGUACAUCCUGGUUAGAGUCUACGGGCUUGGUUCGGACCCUCCUCAACCGCAGUUGUGCCUGUUUCCUGAUCCUUGGAAUCUUAUCUGCCAGGAUUCUCUGCUUAUCGAAGGCGAAGCUGGGAUUUAUGUGCGACCGAAAGUCGCCUAA